GUGGCUUGACUUUUUUGGUUUCUUUUUUCUUUUUCUUUUUUUUUUUUGCUUUUAUCUCGCUCUCGGUGUGGUGGAAAUUGUUGGUCUUUCUACAUCGGUACAGACUGGCCGAUAACUACAGGUACUGAAGAGGGGGGCUGAGGAGCUGGGGGGUUUCGUUGGUUAAAAAAACCAUUGCUUGUUAUGUACCAGGUAUAUACGCAUGUCUGGAUGAUGCAUCGGCUUACUUCUCACUACGUCUUGCCACGGAUCAUCGCGCAACGUCAAGCCAUCAUAUGCGGAAAUUCUGCGCGACUUAUCCGGCUCAGGGAUCGUCCAAAAGCAACAGUCUUUGACUUUUUAUUUUUUCAUCCGGUGAGGAAGGGUUAUGAUAUUGACUCCUUAGAAACCCAUCGUACUCUGCGUCCUUCCUGUGAUGAGAGAAUAAGCUGACCGGGCAAGAAACCCGUACGCAUAUUAUGGUAUUACCAGACCAGCAAAUCCUUACGACUGGUUCCGCUACACAGUCAUUUCACCGGUUUCCAAUUGAGAGCAACGAUUACCCCCUGCGCCACUGUUUUUCACCGGCCGAGGUGAGUGUGACGGUACAAUACAGCAGAAUACUGAAAGAAACCGGCAGUUUUCGAUACACGCGCACCCACCCACCCAGGGCACCCGGGGGUCCUAGGACCACCGUUUCGUUGUCAGCCUGGGCUGCCCGGGGAAUGAGAUCAGAUCAUUGUUAGAUAGGUAGAGAGACCAUGAUGAUGAUGAUGAUGAAUGGAACCGACGUCGCUUCCCUACAGCCCGAUUCCAAAAAUGCGAGAAAGCGGCCUCGGAUCGCAUCCGUCCCUCCCCCAGCGAACUAUAGCCCCAGUUCUUCCUCUUCUCCCUCUUCACGGAUCACGAAGGCCAAUAAAUCUAAGAGAUCCUCGUUCAGGAAAAGGGAGAGCACCGCUGCCGACGUUACCGCCGCGGCCUCUAUCUCCCCCACCGAAACGAGAGGCGGACCUAAUGCUUUUAGUCACGGCUUCCCUGAAAUUAAAUGGGAAUAUACCGUACCGCCGGAUCCCCCUAACUAUAAUGGAGAGUUGACCGUGUCAGAACCAAGGAACCACUUCGCCUUGUCUUCCACAACCCUUCCACAGACUCUAGACUCGAAUGCGUACAGCUGGCCUCCUAAUCAUCCGGAUUUGUUAGUCUAUAGUAACCCGCCAUACCCAAUGUGUCACCAACCAGUCUCUUACCUACCCGCGCACGAAAACUUGCCGCACGAGAAUUCGUCGAGGGAUUGCCUGGUGCCGUUCUCAGGUGUCACGACCCACUCCUUCGGUACCUAUCCCUUACACCAGCCUUUCGAGCCCGUGGACCAGCCAAACCUGAUCGCGGAGGAUCAACCAUAUCUGGGUGGCAACACCUCCCGGCAAGGACCACAACCGUUCGGACCCGAUUCUCCAUGCUUAUCAAGACCUAGGAACAGGAUGGGUGACCAAUAUGAAGAUUGGCUUAUGGUGAAUCCGGAGCAAUCUGAGAGCCAGCAACCGGCAGAAGACGGCGACCCUUAUAAUGGGUCCGCGCAGGCAUCUAACUACCACCACGAGCAGCAAAAGGCGGAUACGCCUCACAUCUACGAUGACCAAGCCCAAGCUUCCAGCUUACACUGGGGAGACAAUCCAACAUUGGAAAAGAACUCUUGGGACUAUAUAGGUCCUCAGAUAGUCGACGAGAUUGCCGCUGACGUGAGGGAUCUAUCGUCUCGACCUGAAAGACGCACCCGAUCCCAUCUAUCCGGAGAGGCUCGUACACAGACGAGCAAGACUCGGAAGUUAAAAGCAUGUAUUCGAUGUCGUAUGCAGAAAAUAAGAUGCGAUGCGGACCCAGAAAACGAAGACGGCGAAUGCCUAAAGUGCCAGAACGUAAAUCCGGAAUCGAAGAAAGUCGUACAUAGGCUUCCAUGUCUACGAUGGAAGCUCGCCGAAGUCACUCUUUAUCGCGAUGGCGGUCUGGGGUUGACGAAACGAUGGUCUGGAGUCAAGAUGAAAGAUCUUGGGCCGCGAGAUUGGGAAACUGAUGAAAUCCGUACAAUAAAAAUAGUAAUCGGAUGUCGUAAAGCACCACUGGAACUUUCCGUUAGGAAGUUUAGGCCCAUUAACGGGGACGUGACCUGGAAGUGCUGGGUUGAUGCACAGGGAACUACGAGGAGAAUCAACAUCGAGCCUUACGCACUUGCCAAUAUCUGGGAGACUUCUCGGCAGUAUUCGAAGUAUGUCACUAAUUAUGCCCUGAUAGCAGUAGCUGAGUACGUCGACGACCACGACCACCACGUCGAUGAUUCGGUGCGAAGAACGUAUAAUGCAGCGUUGGAUUGCCAUAGGAAGCUCAUCUGCACCCUCCAACAGAAAGGAGAUGAGGUAAACCAUUUGCAGUUUCUCACGCAGUACUUUUGCCUGUGGUUUGCGACACGGAAUAUGCUUGGAUCGGCGAUUCUCGUGGGCGACGACAAACUUGACAUGGAGCCGGUGAAUGAAGAGGGGUGCCCGUACAAUGGAAAGGUAUGCAUACCGCGGAUGAUACCGGCGCAAUUCGAUUCCCUCGGACACCAGGUAGUACUUACAACGCUAAGAAAGUUGGUGCUCGACGGGCUCUGGAAGAUGAUGGCGAGUAAGAACCCGCGAGACUUUUUCAUUAUUUACAUUACCGUGUUCAUGUUACUGCACGAAGUAUCUAUCACCUCUAGGGAUCGGUUCCGUCGUGCUAGAGAUAACAAUUUGGACCAAAAUCAACCAUAUGACCUUGAAAAAUUUGUCGAAAGGCACCAAGAAGCGGCGAAUAUAAUCCUGAGCCACUGGCAUUACUAUAAACGAGACGUUAACGAGAUGAAAGAGAAAAAGCAAUCCAAUGAGGAGGAAGAAAAGAAGAAGAUGGAAAAGGUAGUGUGGGGCGAACUGGAAUACGAAGAAAGAGAACUACUCAUCGAAACGCGAGAGGCAUACGAGGAAAGAGCAGAGGACCAGAAUUUAGCACCUUUGGUGUGGGAAGACGAUCUUUACUUCGUCUCGCAGAUGUUCGAGGAGGGCUGGAGGCCGAGGCCAACGUUCGUCAAAAGGGUUGACGUGGCGGAAUAGGUUUGAAUCUAGGUAUAUACCUACACACCUAGACAUCGAAGGGUUUAAGACAUCCACAUCCAUAAGCACCUACCUAAGUGCUCAGGUAGGUAGGUCGGGUAAUAGUGGUUCAGAUUGUUCGAUGCCGAUGUCGAUGUCGACGUCGAUUUAUCGGCAGGUGAAGGGAGAAGACUAUGUUAUCAUGUUGCUGCCAACACACUCUUUUAGCCACACCAAUAGUAGCUGUUGAAUCCACGGUGAGAACGAUUAUGUUCAUUGGAUUAAUACAUUCCCUUGAGACUGGAA